CCAGCGGAAUGCAUCGCCACGAAAACUAAGUUUUCAAUUUUUGUAGGCGCCCAUCUGCCCGCAAAACGAACGAGACGGCCGAUCCUGGAUUCAAGCGACGAUAUCAAGAGAUAGCUGCACGUCGACGGCCACCGCAUCGAUACCCAGUUAUCAGCGGAUGAUUGCUCGGGCCUGCUGGCAGACAGCGCAUCGGGACAGCCUAUCGUCGGAAUCUCUGGGCUAUAAAAGCGGCAGUCGCUGAACAACUCUUCGCAGACCAGCGGAAUGCAUCGCCACGAAAACUAAGUUUUCAAUUUUUGUAGGCGCCCAUCUGCCCGCAAAACGAACGAGACGGCCGAUCCUGGAUUCAAGCGACGAUAUCAAGAGAUAGCUGCACGUCGACGGCCACCGCAUCGAUACCCAGUUAUCAGCGGAUGAUUGCUCGGGCCUGCUGGCAGACAGCGCAUCGGGACAGCCUAUCGUCGGAAUCUCUGGGCUAUAAAAGCGGCAGUCGCUGAACAACUCUUCGCAGACCAGCGGAAUGCAUCGCCACGAAAACUAAGUUUUCAAUUUUUGUAGACUCUUAUGCUGACUACUGUACCGUCGACAAGCGAACGGAGAUGUUUUUGGCGCGCGAUCUCGGCCGAAUCAUUCAACGCUUCUUGAAAAAAUGUUCCGCACUGAUUCCGAAACUAUCCUUCAAGGCUGAUGACGGUAUGAUCAGAAGAUUUUUCGACCACACUUGUUCUAUAAUGGAGUCCUGCGAACAAAGAAUGGGCAAGACAGUUGAAGCGAUGAUCUUGAGAUGCGCCAUGCCAGAAGGAUUUCAACAAUGGGUUGAGAUGAAUCCCCAGCUUACACCAAAGGACGUUGAAGUACUCCAGAGAUUUUUCAUGUGUUCCCUAGAAGGCGUACCCAACGUUGAAGUAAUUAAACAUGUCAUAACCUUCGGACGAAAAGUGGCUGGGUAGCCGCAUGAUUAGAUGAGCAAAUAAACAAGUUCAC